AUGGAAGUCAACAAACUUAUUGAAGCUGGAUUUAUACGUGAAGUGAAAUAUCCAACAUGGAUCGCAAACAUUGUUCCUGUAAAAAAGAAGAACGGGCAAUUGCGAAUUUGUGUUGACUUUCGGGAUCUGAAUCAAGCAUGUCCGAAAGAUGAUUUUCCACUUCCAAUAACAGAGUUGAUGGUGGAUGCAACUACCGGAUAUGGAGUCUUAUCUUUCAUGGACGGAUUUUCUGGAUACAAUCAGAUACGGAUGAACCCAAAAGACAAGGAACUCACAUCAUUUCGUACCCCAAAAGGCAUAUAUUGUUACAAAGUUAUGCCUUUUGGAUUAAAAAAUGCGGGGGCAACCUACCAGCGGGCAAUGCAAAAGAUUUUCGAUGAUAUUCUACAUAAGAACGUUGAAUGUUAUGUGGAUGAUCUUGUUGUUAAAACAAAAAGACACGACGAUCAUUUACAAGAUUUACGUGAUGUUUUCAAAAAACUUCGAAGACAUCAGUUAAAGAUGAAUUCGUUGAAAUGUGCAUUUGGCGUCACCUCUGGAAAAUUUCUCGGCUUCGUUGUUCGACAUCGGGGCAUUGAAAUAGAUCAAUCAAAAAUUGAAGCUAUAAUCAACAUGCCAGAGCCAAGAAAUGUACGUGAGUUGAAAAGUCUUCAAGGAAAACUUGCGUACAUUCGAAGAUUUAUCUCUAAUCUAGCCGGACGUUGUCAUCCAUUCAACAAAUUGGUGAAGAAAGAUGUACCAUUUGAAUGGGACAACGCUUGUCAAAAUGCUUUCCAAAGCAUUAAACAAUAUUUGUCUCGUCCACCAGUACUCAUAGCUCCAGUUCCAGGGAAGUCGCUGACUCUUUAUGUUGCAGCACAAGAAUAUUCUCUAGGGGCACUUCUUGCCCAAGUUAACGAAGAAGGAAAAGAGAAUGCACUCUAUUACUUGAGCCGGACACUGGUAGGCGCUGAAAUGAAGUAUUCACCUAUUGAAAAAAUGUGCCUCGCGUUAAUCUUCGCAGCAAAAAAGUUGAGGUAUUAUAUGCUAUCACAUACAAUCAAUCUUGUUUCAAAGAUUGAUCCAUUGAAGUACAUAAUGUCCAGACCAAUUCUUUCUGGAAGGAUUGGAAAAUGGGCAUUACUAUUGUCUGAGUUCGACAUCAAAUUCAUUCCACAAAAGGCCAUUAAAGGACAAGCUUUGGCGGAUUUCCUUGCUGACCACCCAAUUCCAACAGAAUGGGAACUUCAGGAAGACCUUCCCGAUGAAGAAGUUCUAUUCAUCGAAAUCAUACCAUCAUGGAGGCUAUACUUCGACGGGGCAGCCCGAAGUUAUGGUGCCGGAGUAGGAGUGGUCUUCAUCACUCCUCAUGAUCUCGUCAUGCCCUACUCAUUUGCCUUAACAGAGAAAUGUUCGAAUAAUGUGGCAGAAUAUCAAGCUCUUAUCAUCGGCUUAGAAACAGCUUUAGAUAUAGAUAUUCACCAGCUGGAAGUCUUUGGAGACUCUAAAUUGAUAAUCAACCAACUUUUAGCUGAAUAUGAAGUCCGUAAUUCAGACUUGAAGCCAUAUCAUGAACAUGCAGCAAUGCUUGUGAGACGAUUUGAUUUGAUAAAAAUCAAAUUCGUCCCGAGAAGUGAAAAUAAGGAAGCUGAUGCCUUAGCUAAUUUGGCUGUUUUAGCUAGAUCAGAUGAAGAAUUUUCCCACUCCAUAUCAAUUGCUCAAAGAUGGGUGCUUCCGUCAUUUCUACCCAGUAAUUUAGAAGAAAACAAUAGUGUCGAAGUAAUCGAAGAUGAGGAAAGAGAAGAUUGGAGACAGCCAAUAAUCGAUUUCCUUCAACAUCAAAAGCUACCAGAUAAUCCAAGGCGAAAAACAGAAAUCAAGAGGCGUGCCUCUCGCUUUAUCUUUUAUAAGGGAACACUUUAUCGACGAUCAUUUGAUGGAGUUUUCCUUCGAUGCCUAAGUAAUGAUGAAGCAACGCAGGUCGUGGAAGAAGCCCACUCUGGAAUUUGUGGUGCCCACCAGUCUGGACCUAAACUCCAUUUUCGAAUAAAGAGGAUGGGAUAUUACUGGCCAACUAUGGUACAAGACUCCAUGGAUUAUGCAAGAAAAUGUGAAGCUUGCCAAAUCCAUGCAAAUUUCAUCCAUCAACCUCCAGAACCAUUACAUCCGACAAUAGCUUCAUGGCCGUUUGCUGCAUGGGGUCUUGAUGUCAUUGGGCCUAUAACUCCAAAGUCUUUAGCAGGGCAUGCAUACAUCCUCGCCGGGACAGACUACUUCUCUAAGUGGGCCGAAGCCAUACCAUUGAAGGAAGUAAAGAAAGAAAAUGUCGCAGAUUUCAUUCGUAUCCAAAUCAUUUAUCGAUAUGGUGUCCCGCGACAUAUCAUAACUGAUAAUGGCAAGCCAUUUUGCAAUAGCCACAUAAAUAAUUUAUGUACAAAGUUUGGAUUCAAACAGUACAACUCGUCUAUGUACAAUGCGGCAGCUAACGGAUUGGCAGAGGCAUUCAACAAAACACUAUGCAGUCUGCUGAAAAAGGUUGUCUCCAAAUCAAAAAGAGAUUGGCAUGAGAGAAUCGUUGAAGUCUUAUGGGCUUAUCAAACUACUUAUUGGACUCCAACACAAGCCACUCCUUAUGCCUUAGUAUAUGGGGUAGAGGCUGUCCUUCCCCUGGAGUGUCAAAUUCCGUCACUUCGAAUUGCUAUUCAGGAAAGUUUGACAACUGAAGAAAAUGCCCGCCUUCGAUUGGAAGAGCUGGAAGCUUUGGAUAAGAAGAGGUUAGAAGCACAAAUGCAUCUAGAGUGCUAUCAAGCUCGAAUGGCCAAGUCUUUCAACAAAAAGGCCAAUCAUAAUCACAAGAAAAAUAGGGGGCAAGUUCCAACCUAA